GAGAGAGCAAAAGUGAAAAGCCUUAUUUCUCAAUUGCUCCUCCAUCGCGACGCCAGUCCAUCCGGCCACGCCUCUGUCUCAUCCCCUAUCACUUCUCCAUCUUCCAUUGAAGAAAUACUAUUUAAAAGCUUGAAGCUUUAAAUUGGCUUGAACCAUAAUCAAUUCUUGGCGUUAAAAUUUCCUAAUGGAUAGUGAACGUUCAUUUAAAGUGCUGCCGGAAACAGAGAAGUUUCUUUGCGAACGGUUGUUGGACGAAAAGCAGCCUAUCUCCGAGCGGUUUAGAGUCCUCUUUUCACUCCGCAACCUACGUGGCGCUGCACCCCGUAAUGCUCUCAUCCAAGCAACUAGGGACACUUCAAACCUGCUCGCACAUGAGGCGGCAUUUGCUUUGGGUCAAAUGCAAGAUGCUGAAGCUAUCCCUGCAUUAGAAGCUGUUUUAAAUGAUCUUUCAUUGCAUCCCAUUGUGCGCCACGAGGCUGCAGAAGCUCUUGGUGCGAUUGGUUUGGAACGUAAUGCCCCGCUUCUUAAGAAUAGUUUGGUUUCAGAUCCAGCUCAGGAAGUUAGAGAGACGUGUGAACUAGCUCUGAGUCGAAUUGAUGGGUUGAAGAAUACUUCUGUGACUGAGACAUCCCCUUUCUUGUCAGUGGACCCUGCGGCUCCUGCUGCGUCUUCUUCUGUAGAAGAACUCAGGGAAGUUCUACUGAAUGAAGACAAGGGCAUGUACGAGCGGUAUGCUGCUCUUUUUGCUCUUAGAAACCUUGGGCGAGAAGAAGCUGUUUCUGCUAUCGUUGAGUCUUUAGGUGCCAAUAGUGCUCUACUGCGGCAUGAGGUUGCUUAUGUCUUGGGCCAACUGCAGAACAAGAAAGCUUCAGAUGCACUUUCACAGGUUCUAAGAGAUGUAAAUGAACAUCCUAUGGUUCGACACGAAGCAGCAGAGGCACUUGGUUCUAUUGCAGAUGAAGAAUCGAUUGCUCUGCUUGAGGAAUUUGCCAAAGACCCCGAGCCCAUCGUCUCACAGAGCUGUGAAGUUGCUCUCAGCAUGCUCGAGUUUGAAAAAUCAGGAAAAUCCUUCGAGUACCUUUUCAUGGAGACGCCACAAGCUUCCUGCUAAGUUGAAUUUCUUGUUUUUCAACCACAUUAUUCUCAACCAUUGCAGUGCAGAGAUGGAAAUGAAGUUGCUCUUAUUUUGUUAACAUCUCUCAACUUAUGAGUUUGGCUUUUAGCCUUGGGGUGCACACUCUACCCUGUCAAGGCUGGAGCUAUAACAUCUAACACCUACCGGUAGGAGUUUGAAGUUUGUAUCAACUUUUGUUUGAAUUUUGUCAUGAUACCAUAAAUCAGAGUAAAAUAAAAAGGUGCUGUUUUGAUAA